AUGGCUGAAUCACGCCUUUUCAAGCCGUUGAAAAUCGGCAAUAUCGAAGUAAAGCACCGGAUAGCAAUGGCUCCGCUCACCCGCCUUCGAGCGACAAGCGAGUACGUGCCUGUGCCAUUAAUGAAGGAGUACUACGGCCAGCGAGCCUCUGUUCCUGGCACAUUGAUCAUCUCCGAAGGAACCUUUGUCUCCCCAACAGACUCUGGAGGUUUUGCCAAUGCACCUGGAAUCUGGAGCCAGGAGCAGAUCGCCGCCUGGAAGACCAUCACCGACGAAGUCCACCGCAAAGGCGGCUUCAUCUACUGUCAAAUUGCUGGGUCCGGCCGACAAGUAUUCCCCAGCCUGGUCGAAGCAGGGGGGAUUAUUCCCAAAGGGCCAAGUGCAAUCCCCGUUGCCAAAGAUGGUUUGGUACCGGUCCCUAUGACCGUUGAGGAGAUCAAGCAAUCGAUCCAGGACUUCGCUACCGCGGCGACGAAUGCGAUAAGCGCGGGUUUCGACGGUGUAGAACUCCACGCGGCGAAUGGCUUCCUCCUUGACCAAUUCAUCCAAGACGUCAGCAAUCAACGCGACGACGAGUACGGAGGAAGCAUAGAGAACAGAUCCCGCUUCGUGAACGAGCUCAUGAAGGCGGUCGUCGACGCCAUCGGCCCGGAACGUGUGGGAAUUCGUCUCAGCCCUUGGAGCCUGGCUGGUGGCAUGAGAAUGGCGGAUCCGAUCCCACAGUUUACAGAUAUUAUCCGAAAAGCUGAGCACUUAAAGCUGGCUUAUAUUCACUUGGUCGAAUCGCGCAUUUUCGGCGGCGAUGACUUGGAAGCCAGUGAACGACUGGACUUCGCAUACAAUGCCUGGAAUGGACCACUCCUCGUCGCCGGCGGGUAUACACCGGCGGAAGCACAGAAACUGGUCGACGAGGAGUAUCCCGAAAAAGACAUUGUUGUUGUUUUUGGGAGACACUUCAUUGCGAACCCCGACCUGGUGUACAGGGUCAAGGAAGCUCUCGAGCUUAAUGCAUACCAUCGCGAGACUUUUUACACUAGCUCAGCUGAGGGUUAUGUAGAUUACCCGUUUAGCCCGCAAUUUUUGGAGAGUCUAAGCGCCUAG